UGUCCCUCUUUGCCUGAGCCAGGUCAUCCCCCCACAAGCUCUUGGUUGUUCGUUGUUCGUAGCAGGUUGAGUAAACCGACUGGCAAAUCUUGCAGAAACCCGGCUCCUCACAAAUUGAAACCUUCAAACGCAAAAGGCAAAGAGCAGCGAUCAACAACUUCAGCAACUGGCUGGCAAGCAUGAACCUCACGUCUUUCAACUUCUUUGAAAUCGCAGAUAGCAUGGCCGAUCAGCAAUCAAUGAGCACCCACAGGGCGUCUCCUUCCAGUGGUACUUCACAACAACCUUCCCACAGUCCUCCAGUAGCACGACGCGGCAGUAAAAGCAGCAGUAAAAAGGAAAUGAUACUCCUGCCGUCUGACUUCAGACCCUCACCUUACAGUGUUUACUGUGGACGAGGAAAGGGAUUCUACAACGCGGUCGGUAAUCGCAGACUACGAGUUACGGUCAUGUCUUUCAUGAAAGAGUACCUGGAAGCCGAGGGAAUUCCGACUGAAAGAUCGAGAAUUAUCAGCCGAGUCAAGGACAUCCACAAGCAAUGCUGCCCAGUUGGAGCCUUCAUCAAGUUUGAAGAUGGGCGAUACUACGAGCUCUCCGACAAAGCAGCCAGAGAAAAAUGCUCGGCACUCUUCAGGGAUUGCGUACAAGCCCAGACCAAGGGAAAGCACUCCAAAAAGGCAAAGAAUCAAAAGAGGGGAAGCACUAAGUCCAUUGCAGGGGAAACAGAAGGACCCCAGGACACGAAGGUGGCAGCCAUCCGCCGCCCAUCACUGGACACAGACUCUGUAUCCAGUGCGAGCAUGGGGUCCUUUUACGACGUUGAUACUGAACAAGCAGUAUCAAUCGAAGACGUUCAGAUGCCACUAUCCUUGAAUGGUCUAGACGAGUUCCUGAAGCAAUCGCCAUCGUCAUAGAGACUUCUACUGCCAUAAACUCUGCUUCCUGCUUCCUUUAGAAACCAUUCCUAAACUAAUAUGCUAUAAUAUCUUUCUUUAAUAUCUCCA